ACAAACAUCUCAUCUCAUCAAACUGUUUUACCUAAACAACUAUCCCAAACCACUUACACAAACAUCUGACAACUAACACAUGCAUGCCAAACACCAAAGUUUUCUCCUACAAAUCACAUUUUCCUUCUUUCGGUGGGAUGCUGAGGUGGAUUUGGUGUUUCUUGCAGGAAUCCAUCGUCACUUUGUCCUCUAUGGCUUAGCAGAAUAUCUUAGACGACGUUUUAAUAAGCACUUCAGUGCUGAUGAAGUUCUGAAGCUGUUGGAUCGCUUCUACAACUUGGAAAUGCUGGAGCCAGAUGAUGACACCGAAAUUCUGAACCAGGAGGAAGAUUUUUGUCUCCCGUCGAGUUUUUUCUCCAAGGAAGAAUCUUAACAGGCAAAAAUGGGAGGUGUGAAGUCAUAUAGGCGAAUAUGGUAGCAUCAAAUUUUUAUCUUUUGUUUUCUGGAAAAUGCUACUUUAAACCCAAGUGUGAUACUAAGGUCGACACUACUAAAAACAAUCACAUACAAGCAGUCCAUGUCUAUGAGACAGUCAUUGUUUGUGAGACAUUGAUGAUGUCAACCUUGGUGCCAUCUUUGGUGUGACUAUAUCAUAACCCUUGUUUUUCAGGAUGGUUACUUUCAUAGUAUCAUACUGUUUUCUAGAUGUAUAUAUUGAAGUAUCGGUUUGCAGAGUCAGAUGUCAAGUAAGUAAAUCAUAUUGUUAACU